GUUUCAUCGUUCUAAUAUAGCUUCUAUUCUAUUCGAAAUUGACAUUGAUAUUGAAAAAUGCACAAAACCGUUUGUCAAUAUUAAAGAUUUAAGUUACGUUCAUGAUGAAGAUGAAGUUUUUUUUCGACAGGUAUAAUUUUCCGAAUUCUUUCUAUGCGAACAUUGGAUGGCAUUUGGUAUGUCAAAUUAAUGAUAAAUGGCGAAGAAGAUCAACAGUUAAGCAUACUGGCCGACUAUAUGAGAACAAAAAACUAGUGUUCUCAUCUGGGAGUUCUUAUGAUACUCAUGGGAGAAUAUGAUAAAGCAGAUCAAUAUCUGCAUCUUCAUAACACGCUCUCUGAUGAUUGUGAUAUAGGAGCGCGAUGUUAUAAUAUGGGCUCACUUUAUUCACGUCAAGGUUUAUAUGAAGAAUUGGAAAGAAGCACUUGUUCAUUUUGAAAAAACACAUGAAAUUAGUUUGAGGACGCUUCCAGCAAAUCAGCCAGCGUUAAGCUCAUUGUAUAAUAACAUCGGACUGGUGUAUAAUGAACAAGACUUAUAUACAAAGGCAUUAAAUUACUAUCAAAAAUCUCUCACAAUUGCUCUAGCAUCUCUUCCUGAAAAUCACCCUAGUAUCGCCACAACGUACAAUAAUAUCGAUUUAAUAUAUUGUAAUCUAGGUUCUUAUGUUGAAGCAAUGGAUUAUUUGCAAAAAACGCUUAAAAUUCAAUUAGUAAAUCUUCCACAUACUCAUCCGGAUAUCGCAAGAACAUAUCGCAAUAUCAGACAUCUUUAUGUUUAUCAACAAAAUGCUUCAGAAACAUUAAAACAGUACUUGAAAGCGUUGAAAAUCUAUUCGCAAUCCCUGCCAUCUAAUCAUCCUUAA